UGGGAUCAGAAAUACACUGGAACUGAGUUCUUGCAUCCUUUCACUGCAUUCCGUCUCUGAGAAGGGUCUUUGCGUUCUGCAGCCGUGAGGAGCAAGUCUGUCCUUCCUGGUUUUCGGUGGAACUGAGCGGGUUUCAAGUUUCAGCUCCUCCUUGGAGGCCAGCCUGCCAGGCCCUGCCCAGGAUCCAUCCAAAAUGGAGACUCUCGCUGCUGGCUCCCCUCUAAGAUGUUCAGGGCCCAAAGCAAAGAUCUUUGCAGUUUUGCUCUCUAUGGUUCUGUGCACAGUAAUGCUCUUUCUUCUACAACUAAAAUUCCUAAGACCCGGAAUCGCCAGCUUUUAUACCUUUGAAGUGAAAGAUGCAAAAGGAAGAAUGGUUUCUCUGGAAAAGUUUAAAGGCAGAGUUUCACUAGUUGUAAACGUGGCUAGUGACUGCCAGCUCACAGACAGAAAUUACUUAGCACUGCAGGAACUGCACAAAGAGUUUGGACCGUUCCACUUCAGCGUCUUGGCUUUCCCAUGCAAUCAGUUUGGAGAAUCGGAGCCCCGCCCAAGCAAGGAAGUAGAAUCUUUUGCAAGAAGUAACUACGGAGUAACAUUCCCCAUCUUCCAGAAGAUUAAGAUUCUAGGAUCUGAAGCAGAACCUGCAUUUAGAUUUCUCAUUGAUUCUUCAAAGAAAGAACCAAGAUGGAAUUUCUGGAAGUAUCUGGUUAACCCUGAAGGUCAAGUCGUGAAGUUCUGGAGGCCAGAGGAGUCCAUCGAAGUCAUGAGGCCAGAGAUUGCAGCUCUGAUUAGACAAAUGAUCAUAAAAAAGAAAGAGGACCUAUGAGAAUGCCUUUGAGCCAUUCUAGUGCACUAGUCAGAAUAAAUGUCUCCAUAAGAAUUUAGUCCCAUCUCAAACACCCUGAAAAUUAAAUGUGGCACACUGAAAAAUGUUAUUUUGCUCAUGAGUGGUAAUAAAUUUCCCCAGAAUAAAGAUGUAACCC